GCCCCCGGAGCCCCGCCCGUCCCGUUCCCGCGGCCAUGGCGGCGGUGGCGGCGGGCUGGCAGCCGCCGUGGCGGGCGCUGGCGGCGCUGGGCCGGGAGCUGGCGGCCGAGUGGGCGGCGCAGGACGUGCGGGCCGCGCUGUGCCAGCUGCUGCUGCUCUGGCUGGGCCUCAGCCUGCUGGGCGUCCGCCUGGCCUGGCGCGCCUACGGCGGGGCGGUGGCCGCUCUCUGCUACCGCACCGGCCCCGCCGCACGCCGCUCUCCCGGCACCGGCACCGCCUCCGGGCCCGCGCCCGCCCGGCCCCGCGCGCAUUCCCUGUCCCCCUCCGGCCCGGCCGGACGGAACGGCGCCGCCGAGCGGCACUGCCCGCCCCGGGAUGGCCCAGCAGUGGAGCCCACGAAGACACACCGGGAGUGAGGAGCACCAGGACCAUCGGCUGGGCACUGCCCACACCAUUAAAGUGCUGUGCCCACCCA